AUCGUCUUCCUCCGGUUGCCAAUGACAGCAGUCAGCUGAGGAUUUUGCAUUACUUGAUUCAGUGUAGCCAAAGCAGCACAGCAGUCAUCGAGCCUUGACAUUGUUGGAGAAUGCCUAAAUUGGGAUAGCUGGUGUUGUGAGGACAAGUCACCUUGUUAUGAAAACCAUUUUCCUUGGAGCAGGUGGAGACUGGUGGAAACAGUAGAGUGGAGCCGCUACACAAUGUACUCAGACUGGCGCUCGCUGCACCUAAUGGUGCAGAGUGACCAGGGCCACCUCAGUGUCCUGCACACGUACCCUGGAGGCGUGGGGUUGGAGGUGGCCAACGCAGUGGUCAAACCCCUGGGGACGGCCGCCAUCCCCAUGGCCACCGAGAACAUCCUCAAGACGGACAAAGAGGUGAAGUGGACCAUGGAGGUACUGUGCUACGGCCUAACUCUUCCCCUGGAGGGGGACACGGUGAAGCUGUGUGUGGACGUGUACACAGACUGGAUGAUGGCCCUGGUGACGCCCCGGGACUCCAUUCCACAGCCGGUGGUAAAGGAGCCCAACCUGUACGUCCAGACCAUCCUCAAACACCUCUACAAUGUCUUCUUACCCAGGCCGGAGCAGUACAGUCUGAGCCACAUCCGACUGUGCCAGCAGGUGCUGAUGGCAGUACAGAAGCUGGCCAGGGAGUCCGUCUCCAUGGUGAGAGAGACCUGGGAGGUACUGCUGCUCUUCCUGCUCCGGAUCAACGACACGCUGCUGGCCCCGCCCACCAUCGGAGUGGGUGUGGCAGAGAAGCUGGCGGAGAAGCUGAUGGCGGUGCUUUUUGAGGUGUGGCUGCUGGCGUGCGCCCGCUGCUUCCCCACGCCGCCCUACUGGAAGACUGCUCAGGAGAUGCUGGCCAACUGGAGGCACCACCCGCCCGUGGUGGAGCAGUGGAGCAGGGUGGCCUGCGCCCUCACCUCCAGGCUGUUGCGGUUCACCCACGGCCCCUCGUUCCCCCCGUUUAAAGUCCCUGAUGAGGAUGCCAACCUGAUUCCAGUAGAGAUGGACAACGACUGUGUGGCCCAGACCUGGUUCCGCUUCCUCCACAUGCUGAGCAACCCCGUGGAUCUGAGCAACCCGACGUUGGUGAGCACCACGCCCAAGUUCCAGGAGCAGUUCCUCAACUCGAGUGGCAUCCCCCAUGAGGUAGUGCUACACCCUUGCCUCAAGCAGCUUCCCCAGAUCUUCUUCAGGGCCAUGCGGGGGGUCAGCUGCCUGGUGGACGCCUUCCUGGGCAUAUCACGGCCCAGGGUCGACAGUGCCCCGCCCACACCGGUCAACAGACUGAGCAUGUCCCCACCCUCCUCCAACAACACCACGCCCCCACACAGCCGCAAGCAGCGACACACCGUGGUCACCAAAACCGCCAGCAAGAGUUUAACGGGCAGUGCAGCCCAGCCGACCAAAGUGUCCGCGUCCCAGCAGCUGUCGUCGUCACCCACCAUGCUGGCCAGCCCCACCCAGAGCAGUUGGGAGAUGCAGCCGCUGCCCGCCCCCGCCAGGCCUAAGGUCAACAGCAUCCUCAACCUCUUCGGUCAGUGGCUGUUUGACGCGGCGCUGGUGCACUGCAAGCUCCACAGCGGCCUGAGCCGAGACCCCAGCAUGACUGCCUCUUUUAUCCAAAUUCUCCUUUCUUAUAAAUCUUCUAUAGCCACUCAGGUGGGUCUGGAGCUGAGAAGGAAGGGAUCCCAGAUGUCCACCGACUCCAUGGUGUCAAACCCCAUGUUCGACACCAACGAGUUCCCCGAGAGCUACGAGGCGGGCCGUGCCGAGGCCUGCGGCACCCUCUGCCGCAUCUUCUGCAGUAAGAAGACUGGAGAGGACAUUCUCCCAGUCUACCUGUCCAGGUUCUACAUGGUUCUGAUCCAGGGCCUCCAGAUCUCUGACUUCAUCUGCAGGCCUGUGCUUUCCAGCAUCAUCCUCAACUCCUCCUCUCUGUUCUGCUCCGACCUGAAGGGCGUCAACGUGGUGGUCCCCUACUUCAUCUCAGCUCUGGAGACCAUUCUGCCAGACAGGGAGCUGUCUAAGUUCAAGCUGUACGUGAACCCUACUGACCUGAGGAGAGCUUCCAUCCACAUCCUACUGGCCAUGCUGCCGCUCCCACACCACUUUGGCAACGUCAAAUCCGAGGUUCUUCUGGAGGGGAAGUUCAGUGAUGAUGAUGGGGCACCCCACGACCAGUCCCUUUCCUUCCUGUCCCUGAGGCUACGUCUGGUCAACGUCCUCAUCGGAGCCCUGCAGACAGAGACGGACCCCAACAACACCCAGCUCAUCCUAGGUGCAAUGCUUAAUAUUGUUCAAGACUCUGCACUGUUGGAGUCCAUAGGUGCACAAACUGAAACGGGCAGUGUGGAUGGGAGCCACGCGGGUCUGAGGGGCCACAGCCGCACCAGCAGUAGCUUCAGCUUUACUAGCGGGGGAAGCACUGGCACUGAGGCCACCAGCCCAGACUCAGAGCGCCCGGCCCAGGCGCUACUGCGGGACUACGCUUUUACAGAUACUGCGGCGGGCCUCCUGGUGCGCAGCAUACACCUGGUCACCCAGAGGCUCAACUCCCAGUGGAGGUCCGACAUGAGCAUCUCAUUGGCCGCCCUGGAGCUGCUGGCUGGCCUGGCCAAGGUGAAGGCGUGUGUGGACUCUGCGGACCGUAAGCGUGCCGUCAGCUCAGUGUGUGGUUACAUCGUGUACCAAUGCAGCCGGCCGGCCCCCCUUCACUCCAGAGACCUCCACUCCAUGAUCGUAGCAGCCUUCCAGUGUCUGUGUGUGUGGCUGACUGAGCACCCAGACAUGCUGGAUGAGAAGGACUGUCUCAUGGAGGUAUUGGAGAUUGUAGAGCUGGGUAUCUCAGGCAGCAAGUCCAAACAGGAGCAGGAGGUGAGACACAAGGGAGAGAAGGAGCACAACCCCGCCUCCAUGAGGGUCAAGGAUGCAGCAGAGGCCACCCUCUCCUGUAUUAUGCAGGUCCUGGGGGCCUUCCCGUCACCAAGCGGCCCGGCCUCCACCUGCAGCCUGCUAAACGAGGACACUCUGAUCCGCUACGCCCGGCUCAGCGCCACUGGGCCCAGCAACUUCCGCUACUUUGUCCUGGACAACUCAGUCAUCCUGGCCAUGCUGGAGCAGCCACUGGGCAAUGAGCAGAACCCCAGCCCGUCAGUGACGGUCCUGAUCCGGGGCAUGGCCGGCCGACAUGCUUGGACUAUGCAACUCUUCCACCAGCCCAGAGGAGCACGGGCCAACCAGAGGCAGGUGUUUGUCCCUGAGGGCCGCCCAGCGCCUAACAAUGACGUGGGGAUUCGCUACACCGUCAAGCAGAGGCCCUUCCCUGAGGAGGUGGACAAGAUCCCCCUGGUCAAAGCCGACGUCAGCAUCCCAGACCUGGACGACAUCGUUAACAAAGAGGAUGAAGCGAGUGUGACAUACACACUGAAGAAUAAUCACCCACACCUGGAGAUGCAGCAUGAUAGGCUGCGCAGCAUGAUGACCAAGCAGAUUGAGUAUGAGUGUUCCCUGGAGCGCCACAGCGAGGACGUCUGGAGUUCCAAGUCAUUCCCAGACCCCCUGACUGACUGCAAACCCCCUCCGCCCGCCCAGGAGUUCCAGACGGCCCGCCUCUUCCUCUCUCACUUCGGCUUCCUAUCUCUAGAGGCACUGAAGGAACCGGGCAACAGCCGUUUACCCCCUCACCUCAUUGGACUGGAGUCCUCAAUGCCAGGGUUCUUUGAUGACAUCGCCUACUUGGACCUGUUGCCAUGCCGACCUUUUGACACUGUCUUUGUGUUCUACAUGAGGGCGGGACAGAAAACCAGCCAUGAGAUCCUGAGGAACGUGGAGACGUCGUCCAGUGUCCAGCCCCACUUCCUGGAGUUCCUGCUGUCUCUGGGCUGGCCCGUGGAUGUGGGCCGGCACCCCGGCUGGACCGGACACCUGGACACCAGCUGGUCCCUUAACUCCUGCAGCAGCGACAACGACUCACAACAGAUAGAGGAGGCAGCUACACCGGAGGACACUGGGGGUUCUGUAUUCAACGGGGAGAAGAAGGUGCUCUACUAUGCUGACGCUCUGACUGAGAUCGCCUUUGUCGUUCCGUCGCUGACGGACUCCGAGGAUUCCUCGGUGCACAGUGACUCUACAGUGGAGGCAGACACACACACAGACCUCCUGCCUAGUUUACUAAAACAACCCAAGCUAACACUGGAGCUCUUCCCCAACCACUCAGACAACCUAGCAGCUUCCCAAAGGCAGAGUUCUAUGGUGAAGACUAAGAGGUCCUCCACAGGAAAGACUGCCCCUCCCCUGGGGCCUGAGACUAAGGUGCUAGUGGUCUGGGUGGAGCGAUACGAUGACAUCGAGAACUUCCCUCUGUCUGAUCUCUUGGCGGAAACCGGCACUGGUUUGGAGGCGAACAACAGCACUUCCUGCAGGUCUGGGCUCCUGGAGAAGGACAUACCCCUGAUCUUCAUCCACCCCCUAAGGACGGGUCUGUUCCGGGUCAGGCUCCACGGGGCCAUGGGCAAGUUCAACAUGGUCAUCCCCCUGGUGGACGGCAUGGUGGUCAGCCGCAGAGCACUAGGGUUCCUGGUGCGCCAGACGGUCAUCAACGUAUGCCGGCGGAAGCGACUGGAGAGCGAGACGUACAGCCCGCCACACGUGCGGCGCAAACAGAAGAUUGCAGACGUCGUGCACCGCUACCGCAACAAGCAGCUGGAGCCCGAGUUCUACACCUCACUCUUCCAAGACGUGGGGGAGGGGAGGCCUAUUCACCUUUGACCUCCCCCCUCCCUUUGAAAAACACUAACAGACACACACACACACACACACACACACAGCCCCAGAUUCUCUAUAUUUAUACAGUUCUAUUUUGUUAUUUAUGUCAAACGCUGCCAUUGACGUCGAGAGCAGUGUCAAAAAAUUGUUACCAGGUGCAAGCAGUACAUUUGUAGUACGAACACAUCUGAGCCUGUCUUUUUGGUGGCUACUAAGCCCCAGUUAAGCUCUGGACACUUGGCAUUGAAAAUAUACUGCACAUCCUUAUCAGUCUACUCUAUGCUUUGUGGCACCAGUUUCUGACGCUCUAUAAUUUGCAAUAGGAUAAUCUACUUUUGGUCUUUUUUUUAAAUAUUGUGAUGAAGAGUGAACAACGUUAUUGGCCUUUUAAUCCUCCAUUUUAGAGUUUCUCUUUUUAAUGAAGAUGUAGCCUAAAUGCAGAUGGACCAGACUCCUAAUAUAGGUUUACAUGAUCAUUUGACAUGUAUCAUAUCGACACAGCUGGGGAGAGGAAGGAGAGACUCUGGGAUUUGGAUGCAAUGUUUUGGGCCGAUACCGUGCGGGUGGUUGUGGUGAGAGAUUUGGUGAACUGCAGUUGGAUCAAGACAUUUUACACGAUGGAUCCACAUAUUACUUUGAAAGUGUUUACAUCGUAUAUAAAAACAAUUGGUUUUAAAAAAGUAUUCUCCUCUCAUGUAUCUGUCCAAAGUCUUCCAUGUCAUUGAGAAGAUGGAGUUGAACAUUGCAGCAAUAUUAGCCAUUGGUCAGCUUAGUUACUGAGUCUCAAAACAUGGAAAAAUAAGCAAAGACAUUUAAAGGGGUACUUCACCCCCUUAUCUAAAUUCUUCUGUUUUCAUACCACUUUUAAGGUGUAGUGGUGAACUAUCCCUUUAAUGUUGGUCAGCUGCUAACUGAGAGAUUGCAUAGAUAUUGUUCUUACAAUGAAGUAGACCAGUAUUAUUCGUUUCAGCACUGAACCAUUUUGACGUAUAGGUCAUAUGGCGCUGUUUGUGUGAGACUGCAGAUGUAAACAUUGCAUCUGAGGUGUUUCUGCUCUCGUCUGCAAGUCCAAUCAGAUCAGUCACUCCAUCCCACGCAACGGCAUGUCUAUACUGUAUGCGUGACGCAACACAUGGAAGUGAUGGAAGACGUGCACGUGGUUCUUCUCCAUUCUGAAGAAGGCACACUUUUUUUUUGUCAGAUGAUGUGUCUAGGCAUUGCUCUUCUUCAUCAGAAAUGCAUCUCCUUGUGUACGGAGAAAAGUUGUUGGUCUCUUUGAAUGUGUGAGAUUGUCUCAAGAUCUAUUUUGUUUUUUGUUGCAUCUUCUAAAACAAAACGUUAUGCGGAAAUGCACGUUGUUUCAUUGGAUGGCAAGUUGACUGAUAGGCUAGUUGUAGUAAGGAAAGGUCAAGUACAGUUACAUGUGAUUAGGAAUCAGAAAAUGAUUAGAAUGAACAGAUUUUCAUAUUCACGGCAAAUGAACAGUUUUAUUCCAUCUAUACAAUCGUGAGUUUACUUUGCGUAUUGCAAUUGGUUUACAGAUUUUUGUUUACUUACUGUGCUUUUAAAAGCCCAGAAGCGAACCCUUUACUGUCUGCCUGUAAUAAUGUGCAUUUAUUUAUGGCAAUGAUUGAAAAGGAUAAACCUCCAUACAUAUUUAUUUGAUCUUUAGUCUUUAUGCACUGAGCACAUUUCUUUUAUAUAUACAUUUUUUUUACAGUGGUCUGCGGUUUGGAAAUAUACUCGAGGAAGAGUUUUAUCUUGUGAAAUGUAAAUGACGAAAAGACUUAGGGUCAAUUUUAACAAACCUAACGCAAUGGGGCAGUAGCACUAUAGGUCCAGGGGUGUGUCAGAAAUAUUUUAGCUAUUUUCACAGUGGGAAUUAUGGGUACAGUAGCUGGCGGUGGUGCGAAAAGGCUGGGUUUUGAUGAAUAAAUAAGUUAUAGAUGUUGAGGCGUGCUCCCUGGCUAAAUAUGCGGUUGCUUCAAGUUGUCUAUUUUAUUUUGUUAUCCACUCCAAUUGGACAUGCCAGACGUUGUCAAAAAGCAAGGUUCAAUUGACUAUUGAUAAGACCCAAAAAGACAGUGAAUAAUACUCAUCAAAUUCUAAUAAAAACAAAACGACUUGUUUUAAAAAGGCUACGUCUAAAUCCAGUUACAGGCACCAAUUACUCCCCGUGGGCAUAUAAUAUUCAGACAAUGUAGACAAUGGAGGGUUUUACACACUUUUCACAGGAGCUGGAAAAAGAUUUGAAUAGAUAUUUAUUUGUCUGAAAUAGACCCCUUUAGUCUAUGACAUGUUUAAUCUAUUAUUGAAUUAGAUUGUCUUACUCUUUGAUGGUUUUAUGAAUGUAUGUGCUUUUGCACAUAGCCUACCUUUUUUUUGUUAAGGAAAACAAGUAUGGAAUAUUAAUUAAUCAAAGCAAUUGCAUACAAUCAAUAGCUAAUCUUAUCCUGAAAUAAUUAUUUGUUGUUUGGUAAUAUUUAAGAACUUGUGUUGUACAGAAAGGAAGAAUUAUAUGUCAAAUAUAAGAAAUUGUGAGAUUUUUCUGUUGCAUUCCUCUUUUAAAAAGGCAAAAACAAAAUGUAUGUAUGCAACUGUCUGGGAGAAUCACAGUGGAUAAUGAAUGUAACCUGCAUUGAUUAAAACGUAUCUUUUCAUUUAUUCCUUUUGAUCCCCAACCUUUGUUUACAUGGUGUCUGAGGAAUAAAGUUGAAUCACACUUUUUAA